AUGCACAUCACAACAGCAAGCACCUCGAUCUGGAGAGCCAAGGCUGUUAGUCAGAUUAUCAGUGUCCUGGAAGAAGUAGAUGCCCUUAUGAAUACCCGCUUGAAGAUGGAUUUCGGACUAUCGGAUAUUUUGGCUUCUUCAUUAAACUUUCUUGUCGUUUUCUGGCGCUGGUAUACUGCUGAGGGUAUCAUCUAUCCCUUGUAUUGCUCUGUUCUCUCGAUAAACCUAUGGUUGGCAAUAGCUCAGUUUUCAAUUUUAGCAUCUCUAAUAAACCGCAGGCUAGAAACAGCUUGCGAGGCCUUGGAUGAACUUAAGAUGAGAUCCGAUUCGCCUUACAAAGAUCAGAAGGUCGCCAUACUCUCCGAUGUCCACAACAAGCUCUGCGACGCCGGCGAGAUCCUCCAUACUGCCUUCUCUUGCCUGCUCACCGUAUUGGUCGCUGUCAUCUUGGUCGGAUUGAUUGCAUUUGCUUUCAGCUUUGCCCUUAUUUUGUCAUACUCAUACGUAUUCACAUCAAAGGGAUCAGAAUAUCUUGAAAAAGCAGAUAAAGUUACACUCUUAUGCUUUGUAAAUAGCUUGGCCAUCAUGCACAUCACAACAGCAAGUACCUCGAUCAGGCGAGUAAGGGAUCUUCGUCAGAUUAUUGGUAUCCUCGAAGAAGUAGACGCCAUUUUAAACAUCCACUUGCAGUUAGAUUUCUGUCUGUCAGAUUUUUUGGCACUUUCUUUAAACUUUCUUGUCAUUUUUUGCCGAAGUCAUCGUGCCGGUUAUGAAAUUGGCGAAAUACUUUUAAGUGUUAUUCUCGUAUCAAACAUUUGGUUGGCAAUGUCACAGUUUUCCGUUUUAUCAUCACUCAUAACCAGUAGGUUAGAAGAAGCUUGCGAAACUUUAAAUGAACUCAAGAUGAGAUCCGAUUCGCCUUACAAAGAUCAGAAGGUCGCCAUACUCUCUAAUGUCCACAACAAGCUCUGCGACGCCGGCGAGAUCCUCCAUACUGCCUUCACUUGCCUGCUCACUGUAAUGAUUGCUGUCUGCUUUGUAGGAAUCACUGUACUUACCUUCCAUCUGUAUUCAGCCCAUGAACGCAACGAAAACUUUGAUAUUCGUCUUUUGCUAUUUCAAGAUGAGAAAGUAUUGUUAAUUAUUUCAUUUUUUACCACCAUCUGGAAGAUCGCUGCCUCUUCAUCAGAACUAACUCAAAAGGUUUUCAAUUUACCUAACUAUAUAUACAAAUCUGGUGCAACAUAA